AUGCUUGAGACUGGUUCUUCUUCUUCUGUUAAUAGAAACAAAUUUUCUUGGGCAACUGAGUUGCACUCUUCAUAUGCUGUAAAGAGAGAAGUGUUGCCCUUGUGGGCUGUUAAUUCGUUCCAUCUUUCAAAACUAACAUUUUGAGGCAUGCCUUCAAAUAAAAUUCCAUAUUAUUUAUAAAAUUUAAAGUAACUCAUCUUCCAUGUUCCAAGGGAUUUUUCUUCCUGGCAAUUUUAAAUUUUCAUCAAAGCAUUCUCUCUGGUUCAGACAAAUAUUGCAAAGGUAUUGAUUUCUACAUCUUCUAGGCGAAAAGGUGUAAUCGGUUAUAAAUAAUUGAUGGUUUCGAAGCUCUAAGUUUCUGCUUCCUUUCUAUAUGUCAUAUUAUACAAAGCAUCGAUUUGUUGAGCACCAUUGAGUAACUGACCUCUCCAUAAUUGCUGCAGGCCAACCCACAACUGAUGUCAAUGAAGUCUCUGCAAGCUGACAAUGGAAAACAUCCAGAUGAAGAAGACACUUGUUCUGUGGCUUCUUCGUAACUGCCUAUGGCCCUCUCUUCUUAAAUUUGUGUUUCUGUAAUUAAAAUUAGAUAUGCUCAUUUUUUGACACUAUGUAGAACUACUGCAUCAAUAAGAGCAGCAAAAUUCAAGCCAACUGUGGCAACUGCUCCUAUUUUUAGAUGCACCCAGCGAGCAGAGAGGCGGAAGGAGGUGCACUUCCUUUAUUGGUCUUUCUCUUCAAGUGUUUAUGUUCUUUGCUAACAUAAUUGGGGCAUUGUUUUGUUUUCCAGUUUUACUCAAAAUUAGAAGAGAAACAUCAAGCAUUGGAGGCAGAGAAAAACCAACAAGAAGCUAGAACUAAAGUAUGUUGCCUCAUUAUCUCUUGUUACAAAAUCCUACUUUUCACCUAUGGGUCAUUUUUAUUUCAUUUAAUAUCUACCGGAAAUCUGGAGAAAGUAUUUGUAUUUGGUUUCCCGUUGAGAAACUAUAUCUUGUUAGGGAUAUUCUUAAGUUAUUUUACCUUUACUUUUUCUUUUUUUAUGCUACUGUAUUUUCCCAGGAAGAGAAGGAGGCAGCUUUGAAGCAACUGAGGAAGAAUAUGAUAUUCAAAGCAACACCAAUGCCUAGCUUUUACCAGGAGGGUCCACCUCCUAAGGUGGAACUUAAGAAAGUACCAGAGCUGGAUCCCUAGCUACUGCAUUCAUGGAUCCAUAAUUAUUUUUGUUUGGUUUUAAUGGUUUAUCAUUUCAUUUACUCAUCUUAGAUAUCCAUUGGGUACCACUGCAAUAUAUUUCAAAAAUAGAUCUGACUUUGGUGCCCUCCGUUUCCCCAUUGUGUGAAUGCCUAGUUGAAAGUAUAGUUCUUGUGGAUGUACUGCGAAGUAUUAGUGAUCCAUGUUUCAUUCAAUGGUACUCGGGACAUUGGAGAGGGGUGGCUAGUGAAGAUAUUGCCAUGUAUCUAAGAUAGUACGUAUUUGAAUACAAGCGAACAAUACAACAAGGUUAGACAUGGAUCUAUCCACGUUUGUCUUUAUAAAGUUGCUGCUAUUAUUUCCAAAAUCGAAAUCGUGUUAUAUAUUUCGUUUGGAAAAAAAUGUUCCAUAUUUGAUGUUAAUGUGUUAAGUAAUCCUGUCAGGCUUGCCAUUUGUCAUUUCCACUCUAUUUGCUGUAUUCGAAACCAAAAGGAUUAUCUCUCGACGCUGUUGGCCAGCUUGUACAAUUCAAACGCAUCUACUUGAAUCACACGUUUUAAGAAUAUCUUUUCUUACAAUCAUUUUCAAAGGGAGUAGUAGCACCAGAGAAGGUAGUCAGUUUCCAGACCCAUCCCAGUUCGUCUGUUGCUUUAUCCUGCAGUAGUGGUAGCAUGCUUCUGCCUCCUCUGAAGUUAACUGAUUUUGUGUUUCCCCAAAAGCGUUCAUCCGAUGGAUUCAUCUCUUGGAGGAUUUAUUUGUAAAUAUGAAAUCCCUGGUGAAAGAGAGAAGCAAAAGGGUGUAUGAAAAUGUUGAAAAUAAUGUGUUUCUUUAUGCAGCCCAUGCUGUUGCUCCUGCUGGUGAUGAUGGCUGCCGCCGAAAGUGGCAUGUGCCAGAUUCAUCUCUCUGCCCUUGCCAGGGAACUGGUCGGCUCUGACCCAGAUCAACAAUCAGACUGAGAUCUGUCUUCUCCAGUCUGAUUUAAUGGGGGAACCCUUUUUCCCCCAUGAGAUUAAAUGAAAACAGCAAAAAUCGGAUAAUUCUAGAUUUUUUUUUUUCAAAUAUUCAUGCUUGCUUACAUCAGUGACAAUAUUUUUUUUUUUAUUAAGACUUAAUUGUCAUUUGGUUGUUCGUCGUCUUGGGUGCAAUCUCUUGCUGAAAACCUAGAUUUUCAUGCUAAACUUCUCCAUGAAUGUUUUGUACAUAAGUUUUGUAAUCCUCUCACAUUAUAUACCCAUUACAUCAAACCAGGCACGAUUCCUCUGUUUGUAUCUUAUUUUCUUUUAUCUUUCCAUGAAAGCCGCCUCCGACGCGGGCCAAAUCCCCGAAGUUCGGCCGACGGAAGAGCUGCAGCGACGCAUCCAACCAAGCGCAUGUGGAGAAGGCCCAGGUACCGGUCUGCGGUCAGGUCAGCCGUCACAGCCUCGGAAACCAUAAAGAGGUCAACGACAAGCUACAGAGAGGAGCCAAGAAAGGAGGAGCCGCCGCUGCCGCCUGCAAAGACAAGGAAGCGCUUCCGAAAGCAGUCAAGGAGAGCCCAAAGUCCACCGUACAGGAGGUCAACGAGGAGGGAUCAGCCUUCUCCCAGAACAACGCUGAGGCAAGCGCUGGGAUAGCCGUGCAGUAG